CUUGACGUGCUUCUGAUUAAGGAACGUUGGAUCCGAAGGUCUCGUUGUUUUUGAUAUUUUUUUUAAUUAAAAACUAUAUUUGUUUGCAAAAUGGCAAUGUCUAACGAUGCUAAAGAACGUCUCGAAUUUGUAUUCGAAAUUGCUAAGACGACUUUCCAUUAUGGUUUUAUACCAUUUGUGCUGUAUCUUGGUUUUCGAAAGGGAGCCGAACCGGGAAUGCCACCAUUAACUUUGCUUAGCUUGUUAUGGCAAUAAUUUAUAUAAUAAAUAAUAAGUAUAAAAAAAUGUUAAUAAAUUUAAGUUAACCGAA